GGAAAAUGUGUUCAAGGAUGCCGGAGUUGGAGAUUGCUGGGCUGGAAAGCGGGUAAAUAUACCAGACGGGGAAAAAAAACAUCUAUUUUGUGUACUUGAGGGGGAAGGAGCGAGCUGGUCAGCAAUGAAGUCGGGUAGCAGGCAAAAACGAUACAGUUGUUGUUUGUUGUUACAUUGUAACCUGGCGCUUUGCUGAGUGAGAGAGUCUGCAGGUUGUAUUGGGGCAGUCGAGCCUCGGAGCCAGCGAUGUCUCCGCGACACCCACCCUCCAGGAAAAGGGGACACACAGCCCAUAUUUCAGCGGCCGGAAACACAUACCUCAUAAACCUUGCCCUGCCCCCCUCGAAUUCUGUUGAAAAACGAAAUCGAUUUCUUGAAUCCUCAAUCGUUAAGACUCGGCUGAUUGAUUUCAAUUUCGGCUGCAAUGGUGCUGAGCAGGACUGAGUACGAAAGAGCCUGUGUGCACUGAAACACUGACCAUGUACAGCCUCCCUGGAGGGAGGCCACCUGGACAAGAUGCUGAACCCUGCUCUCGUCCCCUGUCUCAGGCCCGUGUUUAUUUGGAGCAGAUCCGGAGCAGAGUGUCUCCCAGUAUCUCAGAGACCCAGCAAGCAACCAAAAGCACAACGACCAAAAGAGACUACCUUGUUGAUGCGGCGAAGCAGAUCCGCUUAGCCUUGGACAGAGAGGUUAAUGAGGAUUACGAGGCUGCGUUUAACUAUUACAAGAACGGUGUGGAUCUGCUCCUGAAGGGAGUGCAAGUUGAUCCAAACAAAGAGCGCCGUGAAGCUGUGAAACGAAAAACAACCCAGUAUUUGAAGCGAGCUGAGGAAAUAUUCAACUCUCACUUACAGGGAAGCUUAGGAAAUGGUACCGACGAUUCUGGGGGUUUCAGUAGCCUGAGGUUUCGGCCAAAUAGAAUUCUCAGUUCACCUGUAGAGAACCUGAAAACAUCCAAAGUCAUAGCAAUCAUUGACAAGGUGCUGUUGGUCCAGAACCCAACCACAAAGGAGCCCUUCAUAGUGAAAAGUCUACCCAAAUGUAGCCUGGUGAACCGUGAAUGUCCGACAAUAAUACCACAGGGUGUUCCAUUUAUGGUGCAACUCCUGCAGUAUUAUGUGAGUGAUGAUGCAGUCUUCCUUCACCUGGAGCAUGUGCCAGCAGGGAAGCUUUGGUCUCAGCUGCGUCACCUCCGUCUAUCUAUCACAGAAAAGGGUAUGGAAUUUCCAGAAUGCUCCAGUCCUUAUCACAAAACCAUUAAACUGAGAAACAGCUAUACUGCUCCCUCUCUCUCAUCCAUGUGCAGUGACAAUUCCAUACUUCCACCCAAUAGCAAGAAAGAAUGGCAAAGAGAGAUCAAGAAUGAAAUAAAUGAUGAAUGUGACAAGAAGUAUGAGUACAAUACUGAUAGCAUCAAUGAUGCAAAAUCAAGUACGCGUCAAGAAUCUGUGAACGACCAGGCAUCCUGCCAAGUAAAUUUCACAGACCAACUGAGCGCGCACAGUGCGAGUGCAAACAAGGCAAAAAUCUGGCAAGGAAAUGAUGGAAUUUCAAAGGGUUGCAUGGCAUUGAAUGGCUUGAGGGGGAGUGCUGAGGGGACAAGUUUACAAAUGGCGCAUCUGAUAUACAGCGAUGAUUUAACCUUUGACCUCAAUGUCUUGCUUCCAGAAAAGAAUGCGGAGUUGACUCCCAGCAGUAAAACUGCCAAUCAGGCCAUGACAAUAACUGUGGACCAUUUCAUGCAAAAAGACCUUCAGAGUGAAAAGAGUCAGCUUCUCUACCAGGAUAAGAUUUUACGGUCCCAUGAUUGUUUUUCAGAAAUCAAAAGCUCCAAUGAUGCAUUGAGCCCAAAGUCAUCAAAAACUCACCAAAGCCAAGCAGGUUCAGAUCUGCUGAAAGAAAAGGUUAUUUUGAUUCAUGAGAAGCCUCUGAAUGGAUCUAGUCCAGUUAGAAAUCCUGUUAGAGCCACCAGCUUGAACUUGAAGGCUAGCAGACGGCAAAGAGGUUCAUACCAAAUUACAGUCAAUCCUUUAGAUACCAUUGAGGAUAGUAGCAAAGUCACUGGUGUUGUGGAUAAUUCUGAGCUAGUCCUUGUAGGAGCAUCAUCUGUAAUGCCUGUAAGAAAUACUGCUGUCACAGUGUUGGGAAAGGGGCUGUCAGAGCAGAAGACUUCAGUGAGUGUACUCAGCCCCAUGCAACAACCUAAUACGCAUUUGAUAUCAUCUUUAAUUGAGCCUCCAGUAAAGGCAUUAACGUUGAAAGGUAUCUCAACUAAUGAAGUGGAAUUGUUGAACCACGAAGAUGAAAGUCCUGAGAGGAUUGACCAUCUAUUUAAACUUCCAAACCAAAUGUCAGUUCCUGAAACCUGCUGUGACCAUGAGGAUUGCAAUGCCAGAACUAUUUUGUGUAAAGGGUGCCUUCGCAAAGAUGAGAAUCGAAGGUGCUGUAACAGGAUUUUGGGCUUUUCUGCUCCUGACAAAGCAGAAGAUAGGGAGUUUGCAUCUCUUUCAACUCUGAAUUCAAAAGCUGAACCGCCUGAUCCAAAUCAAGCCACCUCUGGUCUGUCUGAGGAUCACAUUAGAAUCUGGGCAGCUGAGAUGGUUCUCGCCUUAGAAAGCUUACAUCAACAAGGAAUUGUAUGUCUGGAUCUAAAUCCAAGAAAUAUACUUGUGGACAAUGCAGGUCACAUUUGCCUCACUUACUUCGGCCAGUGGAGUGAAGUUGAAGUUCAAUGUAGUGCUAAAGCGAUAGAGGAUAUGUAUUGUGCACCAGAGGUUGGUGGGGUUGGAAGAGUAACAGAGGCCUGUGACUGGUGGAGCCUUGGAGCAUUGCUGUUUGAACUUCUAACUGGGAUGACCCUGUCUCAGUGCUACCCUUCCAGAAUCCAUCCUUACACCCAGCUCAAACUCCCGGACCAUCUCAGUCCUGCAGCAGUGUCACUUCUCCAACAGUUGUUGCAGUGGGAUUAUCGCUGCCGGCUUGGUUCUGGUGAGAAUGGAGCACAGGAGAUAAAAUCUCACUCCUUUUUCAGCACUGUCAACUGGACCAAGCUGAAUGCUUAUAGAUGAGGCGAUUUGCAGAAAAUCCUCUACCUAACAACAGAAACUCGGAAGGAGAACAGAGUGGACUUGGACAAUCAGGGAAUUGAUGCACCAAUGCUGACUCUUAAAGUUUCUGCAGCCAUGAGCAACAGCUGAAUGUAGCCAAGAUUGGAGGUCUGCAAGGCACAUUUAAGCCAGUUACACUAACACUAAAACUGGUCAUGGGUCCCUUCAGCUCACUGCAACAACGCCUGUGUUGGCAAAGAACCAAUCAGACAUUCUUCAGUGAAUUUUAAACCUCGAUGAAGUGACAUUAAUCAUUUUUGUGAUGAGAUAUACAUAGACAUAAAGGCUCUUCCUGGUUAAGGAACCCUUUUUAUCUGGUAGCCAGCUCCUAUUCGUCCAUAGGAAUCCCCUGACUCUCAAUUUUGUGGUUUAAUGUAUUCAUCUUUCUCUUUGCAUCUCUGUAGCAAAUAACCACUUUCUACACCAAAUGAUCAGAUUUGCUACUUCUCCUGAGCUCACAAAUACAGGCAGAGUUGGCAAUCCCCAACUGCCUUUGCCUGAAUUUCAAAAAUGUAUCAAGGUAUAUGAUGCUAAAACUAAAAUGGGGCCUAUUGAUUAAUUGGAUCAGUAGUGAAAUCUUGUCAGAACGUCUCUUGUUUCCCCCUGCUAUCAUGGAGAAGUAUCUGGCAGAGUGAGAUCAGACAUUUGGGAACUUCGAUGAGAAAAGGGUCCUGGGCAUGUACCUAUGUCCCACUAUCCCGUGAGGUCGCAUACUGAGCUUCCAAUAAUCCAGAGCUGCCGGACUGCUGUUUUCUAAAUAUCUUACAGAAUUUUAACAAAAAACAUUGAAGCAGUUUGAUUCAAAUGUGUCAGUGAAUGAGGAUCUGCAUUUUGAUAGCUAUUACAUGUCACUCCUCUGGAAAGCAAGCCCCUCUACCCCCGAAGUAUUACUAAAGAUUCUUAAUACACAGAAUUCCCCACUUUACUAGCCCCAGGUUGACAGAAUAGAACUCUACAUUUAACAAAGAUUACUAUCUGUAAUGAAUAAAUGGGUAAAUAAUUGUGAGCUAUUUGCAUAUGACACAACUAGUUGAAAUUCUAAACCCUUUACAAACUCCCCUUCUACACAUGCAUGUGGGCAGAAACAACAUGUAUGUUAUGGGCAGGGAGAGAAGACUUGGAAGACAGGGUUUAUUGUGAUUCCUUUGGCUUACCAAGAUGUCGUAAUCCUUGAUUCUCCUUUGGCACCUGAUAGCAACAAGACACAAGGUGUGUAGGUUCACAUGCUUUAACUCUCAGGUUUACUAGUUAAGAGCCACUGCUUACAAAAACUGCUAAGGGAAAAGUAAACUAGUGACCUUGAGGCUCGAGAUGUUUUAAACUACAUCUUUUGCUUCUCACCUUAAACCUAUGCCGUCUAAUUUUCAACUCUCUUAUCCUGAGGAAAAGGCCUUGGCUAUUCACACUAUCCAUGCCCCUCAUCGUUUUGUAAACUUUUGUUGGAUCACCCCUCAGUGUCUGAUACAGAAAACCGGACGAUCGGGGAAUUUGCGUACCUAUGCUGACUCUUAACAAUUUUCGCAGCCAUGAGCAACAGCAGAAUGUAGCUAAGACUGGAUAUCUACAAGGCACAUUUAAGCCAGUUACACUAAGACUAAUCAGCCUCUCCCCAUAGCUCAAACCCUCCACAUCCAGUCCUUGCAACAUUCUCGUUAGUCUUUUCUGAAUCUUUCGAGUUGCACCACAUCUUUCCAGGGAGACCGGAAUUGCACACACAAUUCCAAAAGUGGCCUAAUCAAUAUCCUGUCCAACCUCAAUAUGACCUACCAACUGCUAUACUCAAUGCACAGACCAAUAAAGGCAAGUGUACCGAACAUCACCUUCACUACUCUGUCUACUUGUAACUUCACUUUCAAGUGACUAAUAAUCUGCAUUCCAAGGGCUCUUUGUUCAGCAGUACUCCCUAGGACAUUACGAUUAAGUGUAAAUCAGAAAAAGCAAGGUCCCAACACUGAUCGCUGGGGAGCACUGUUUUCAACUAGUCUUCAAUCUGAGAAAAGCUAACCAACCUGCCAUGUGGCACUGUAGCAAAUGCUUUCUGAAAGUUCAGCUAUACAACAUCCCCAGCGCUACCAUCACCCCUUCAAAGAGCACAAUUAAAUUUGGCAGAGAUGAGCUGCCCUUGACAAAGCCCCAUGUUGACUGUCUGAUAUUAACUUCUUUUUCCCAAGUCGUUUCAGUUACCUGGGACCCAAUCAUAUAGUUGUUGGCAGGCCUUUGUCAUCAAUAACCAGUCACAAGUCCAUUGACCAAUCAGGUACUUAUUACCAGCGAAAGCUCCUUUUGUACACACUCUGAUUCCAGUUCAACCGAAAAUUAAACUUUCACUACUGCUUGAAGUAGGUUUUUUUCAACUUGUUCAGAGAUGUUGUGAGCUGUAUUGAACCCAGGCCUGCUGGCUGAGAGGUAGGGACAUGACCACUGUAUCACAAGAGUCCAAGAAGUAGUUGUGUAAACACUACUUACAAUCGGUGUCAGAUUGCUUUUUUUUAAAGAACUGCAGCAAUCUCUUUGCAUUUUACACCAGUUCUUUUCUCUUUCCAGUCCACAAUUGUAAACAAAGAAAAAGAAAUAAGAUGGUCUUUACACGCCUACUGGUUCUGAGCCAUUACAGAAGUUAGUCUCUUACAUCUGUAAGUGUGCAAACCUGUGGUUAAAGCUUUUACUCCUUUCAGGACUUGGAUUGCUCUGCUUAGUCAGCUGUUUGAACAGAUGAAGAUAGUUGUUAUUGACAACUUCAAUCUGAGUGACUUUCCUUUUCUAGCCUUCCAAUUCCAUGUUCUCUGUCCUUUUUUCAGAACAAGUGAAACCAUCUUUUGCUUUAAAGUACAGACAGGACAGGAUUCGGUACAAUGAUUUUACCUGAUUUUUGUAAUGUCUCCCAAUAAAACUAUAUCAUAGGGCUGGUUAAUCUGAUAUAAAUGUAUUGUUCUGGAGUCUUACUGGCUACUGAAAUAGGGAAUAAUUCACUUAAUGCCUGGUAUGCUAAUGGUGCAUGUAUUCUAUCCUGGUGUUUGCUGCAACAUGCUGUCUGCUGCAGUGAUUCCAUGUUUAGCAUCAUGGUAUAAGUAAUUUUCAUUGUAAAGUAUUCACAGUUCUGUCUCUGGAGCUUGGUAUCCAUUGUGGAAAACUCAUGGGUGAGGAGGAGUGAAUAGAGCGGCUGGGCAAAUGGUUAAGUGACCAUCUGUCUGUCUACCUCCAGUUGCAAGCAGUCAUUAGUUGAACUUCCUGCAUCUCUUCUUCUGUUUAUUUUAGCUAAAUGCCCAUGUUUUGCUCAUUAGUCAAAAGUCUAUGCCUCAUUGUUAACUGUGCAAUGCACAGUACAGCUAAAUUUAUUACUGCUUUCUGUUAAAAUGUCAAAAGCUAAUUAUUGUUGCUGAAGAACAUUUGUA